AUGACGGUGAACACACCGUCUCCUGGCCGGGCUCGCGCAGGCAAAAGGGGUCCGACGCCACAUCUGAACGCGACAUUGGAGCUCGGCGACCGCGUCCAGACCCUGGUCAAGGAAGGUGAAGUCGAGAUAAAUGGACAUGAGCUUGACAUCGCCACCGUCGUGGCAGUUUCGAGAUUUGGUUGCAAGCCGUUCAUUGAGCAAACACCCAAGCUCGUGGACAACAUUGAAGCAGGACAGGACAUCCUGGAAGCUCAUCUCGAGAGCGGAAGCAAGCUCUAUGGCAUCAACACCGGCUUUGGAGGCAACGCGGACCUUCGCACCAACGCGUUGGUGGCUCUUCAACGGGCUUUGAUCCAACAUCAACAAUCUGCUGUCCUCACCGGGCAAGACCUUGGAGCAGGAUGUGAUGGCCAAGGAGAGACCACGUCUCACUCCAUGCCCUCUGGCUGGGUCAAAGGUGCCAUGUUGAUAAGGUGCAACACCAACAUUCGUGGCCACUCUGCCAUCAGCCUGCAAGUCGCCGACACUCUUGUUGAAUUCGUCCGGAGAGACAUGACGCCCGUUGUCCCCUUGAGAGGCUCGAUUUCCGCGUCUGGUGACCUCAUGCCACUCUCAUACAUUGCCGGAGCCUUGCAAGGAAAUCCUGACACUUUCGUCCGCACUGGCAAAGGUAAGGACUCCAAGGUGGUGAACGCUCGCGAGGCGUUCAAAGAAAUCCAGCGGCUCAACGUGGAAGAGGCAAAGCAUGGGAAGCAGCUGGUCAAUGGUAGAAGCAUUGAAUAUUCGCCCGUCGUCCUUGGGCCGAAGGAAGGACUGGCGCUGGUCAAUGGCACCGCGCCCUCUGCCGCCGUCGCGUGCCUUGCGAUGUAUGAGGCGAACCACCUUGUGGUUCUCUCACAGCUCAUCACCUGUCUCACCUCUGAAGCUCUGGCUGGAAACGUCGAAUGGACUCAUCCGUACAUUGCAGAAAUCCGCCCUCAUCCAGGUCAGAUUGAAGUCUCGCAGAAUCAACGCUCUUUCUUCGAAGGCUCCAAGCUCGUCGAUGGCCUCGACCAUGCAAAUCGGUACAAGGAAGGCAUCGUGCAGGAUCGAUACUCCACAAGAACCUCCUCCCAGUGGGUUGGUCCCCUGCUGGAAGAUUUGCUUCACGCAUGCGAGCAAUUGAAGGUCGAGCUGAACUCGACGACCGACAACCCGAUUGUCGAUCUCAAGGCCCGCGAGAUCCACUGCGGAGGCAAUUUCCAGGCCACGACGGUGACAAUGGUCGCCGAGAGGAUUAGGCUUUGCCUGCAGAUGAUCGGCAAGAUGCUGUUCGCCCAGACGAGCGAGCUGGUCAACCCGGCCUUCAACAACGGGCUGCCACCAAACCUUGCCCCGGAUGACCCCAGUCUCUCCUUCUGCGCUAAGGGAGUCGACAUCAACAUGGCGGCAUAUCAAUCAGAGCUGGCGUUCCUGGCCAACCCGGUCAGUUCUCACGUGCAGUCGGCGGAGAUGCACAAUCAGGGCAUCAACUCUCUCGCCUUGGUUUCGGCCCGUUACGCGAUGCAGAGCGUCGAGAUUGUCCAGCUGAUGUCGGCUUCGGCGAUCUGGGUCGGACUCCAGGGCGUCGAUCUUCGUACCAUGCACAUGACAUUCCUAGCGCAGUUCAAAGACGUUGCCAAAGCAGCCAUCGCUCAGACAUUUGAAAGCUGGGCGGGAAACGACGGGGUGCAGCUGUUGACAGGCGAGAUAUGGGCAGCGAUCCGUAAGACUUGGUACGCGACCGCGAACAGCGACGCAGUGGAUCGAUGUGAGCAAGUCGCAAAGGCCACGGUCGAGCCAAUCUUGAACGCUCUUGAUCAAUUACCACUCCACCACCACGGAUGUCACCCUGAGCGAUUCGCACGAGAGCACAAGGCCUGGGUCAAGACUCUGCAGAAGAUCAUGUACAAUUCGUUCCUGCUCCACCGCGCCAGCUUCUUCGACCAUCCCACAACGCCCGAGUACCUCGGCAAAGGCACGAAAGUCCUCUAUCGCUUCGUGCGCGAGGAGCUGGGCGUGCCAUUCUACCGCGGCCAGGUUGAAGAUCCUGUCCUGUCGCAGGCGCUGAACGAGCGGCCGGUCAAGACGAUCGGGUCCUGGAUCUCGGUCAUCUAUGCGGCGCUGAGGGACGGGAGCCUGUACAGUGCCGUGUUGAAACCCACUCAGAAGGCCGCCGUCACUAGCACCGCCACCACCACGACCACUGCGACCGCCGUGGACGGAUCGAGAGUGGACUUGCCGACAGGGAAGUAG